GUCCGACGCAAUCAUCAAUUGUCUUUAUAUCCGUACCUCCGCUUCUACCAUUCACGAUGGGCGCCUCAGAAGAAGUCGAAGACGUCAAGCCGAAGAUUAACGUUGUGGUCAACUUCGAGGGUACCAAUACGACGGUGAAGCUCAAGGUGAACACUACGUUCAAGAAGGUGUUUGAUGCGGUGGAGAAGAAGUUCGGGUUCGCAGAAGACUCCCUGCGGUUCUUCUAUGAGGACAAGCGGCUAAGCAAGGAGGAGACACCAGCAGAUGUCGGGUUGGAGGAUGGGGACAUGAUUGACGCUCAUGUACAGCAGCUCGGUGGUGGCUUGAUUUGCUAGUAUUCCACUAGGCAUGGCCCCUGAAUAUACUGUAUUCACUUGGAUGGAUUGUUGUCUUGUUCUACUUAUGCUCUCCUAAUUCAUAAUCUUCUGCUAUCUUCGUGAUGGCCUGCCUGUUAGUAUUCCAGCUGCUACUAGUAUCGACGAAGCGCCGCGGCACCCGUACCACCAGGACAUCACUCAGCUUCCUUGGCCGCUUUCCGUUUCGCAGCCCAUUCCUUUGCUUUGGCACGUCUGGCAGCCUUCAUAGCCUCCUCCUUAUCAGUGUCUCCUGCCUGUUCUUCCGCGAUAGCGCCCGCUGCGUCUGCUUGUGCCUCGCCUAUCUCCCGCUUACUAGAGCCGCCACCCCUAUCGUCAUCACCACCCUUCUCGCUACCCUCAUCCUCAUCACUAUCGCCAUACCCCGCCAACCCUCCCAACGCCGGCUUCUCACUCUCCUUCUCUUUCGCUCGUGCUUGCUCCUGCCUGACGCCCGCCUUGACCGUGCGCCACGCUCG